AUGAAAAUUUUAGCUGCAUUUAAUCAUGCAAAAGAGCUAGUUAGUAAUUUGAAUAUAUUGACUUCGUUAAAGAAACACAGUGCUUUUGAAUUACAUGAUUUAAGUAAAAAUAUAUUUGACAGUGUUAGAUUGAAGAUUGAUUCAGAUAAUUAUUUGAUAGUUGAUUCACAUUCAUCAUCAAAUUCUGAAUCUGAUUAUGGUGAUGAAAUAAUGGAAGGUAAUGAAGUUAAUAAUGAUUUGAUCAACUUGAAUGGAGAAGAUCAAGACGUGACAAAUAUACAAAAUGUUGAUGAAAUUAAAAUUAAUAAGAUGAACUUUAAAGGUAUACGUAUAUUCGAUUCGAUCAAUCCAGCAUUGAAGAGUUCUUAUUUUCAGGUGCAAAUAAAUAGCAAGCGUAAAUUUAUACAUAAGCAAACAGCAUGUUGGUUAUUGACCGACAAAGCUAGCCGUUUAUCGGCUGACAAACUUUUCCGAGUGAUAGAAGCAAACACAAAAGACUAA